CACAAAACCCUAAACCCUAAAUCUCUUAACCCUCUCUUUCUUGUCGUCUCCUGUGUUCCUUCUCUCUCUGCCGUUCUAAGCAGCCAUGGCCACCGCUGCGUUGCUCCGAUCUCUGCGACGUCGUGACCUCGCUUCGGCCCCUCUUUAUGCCUACCGAUCUUUCACCAGUUCUGCCAAGUCUUCGCAUUUAGGUAACAAUUGGACAAGUGUGGCAAGACAUUUCAGUUCCAAACCUGCUGGGAGUGAUAUUAUUGGGAUUGACUUGGGUACGACCAACUCAUGUGUAUCUGUAAUGGAGGGGAAGAACCCCAAAGUUAUUGAGAAUGCUGAAGGAGCACGGACAACACCAUCAGUAGUUGCCUUCAAUCAGAAAGGAGAGCUACUUGUUGGUACUCCAGCAAAACGUCAAGCAGUCACAAACCCAACAAACACUGUUUUUGGAACCAAGCGUCUGAUUGGUAGACGUUUUGAUGAUCCUCAGACACAAAAAGAAAUGAAGAUGGUUCCGUACAAGAUAGUCAAAGCUUCAAAUGGAGAUGCAUGGGUUGAAGUCAAUGGACAGCAGUAUUCCCCAAGCCAGAUUGGAGCCUUUGUUCUGACAAAGAUGAAAGAAACUGCAGAGGCAUACCUUGGAAAGAGUGUCUCAAAAGCCGUGAUUACUGUUCCAGCCUAUUUCAAUGAUGCCCAGAGGCAAGCAACAAAGGAUGCCGGAAGAAUUGCAGGCCUAGAUGUACAGAGAAUCAUAAAUGAGCCAACUGCUGCUGCACUUUCCUAUGGCAUGAACAACAAGGAAGGUCUAAUUGCUGUAUUUGAUCUCGGUGGUGGAACGUUUGAUGUAUCCAUUCUGGAGAUAUCCAAUGGUGUUUUUGAGGUGAAAGCAACAAAUGGUGAUACGUUUUUGGGAGGAGAGGAUUUUGACAAUGCUUUGCUGGACUUUUUAGUGAGUGAGUUCAAGAGGAGUGAGAGUAUUGAUCUUUCAAAAGAUAGGCUAGCUUUGCAGAGGCUUAGGGAGGCAGCUGAGAAGGCCAAGAUUGAACUUUCGUCAACAUCUCAAACUGAGAUAAACUUGCCCUUCAUUACAGCUGAUUCUUCAGGUGCUAAACAUCUGAACAUUACACUGACCAGAUCAAAAUUUGAGAGUCUAGUGAAUCACUUGAUUGAGAGGACAAAGGCCCCGUGCAAGAAUUGUUUGAAGGAUGCCAACACCUCUAUUAAGGAUGUUGAUGAGGUCCUUCUAGUAGGAGGGAUGACUCGCGUUCCCAAGGUUCAACAGGUGGUUACAGAAAUAUUUGGUAAAAGCCCAAGCAAAGGAGUAAACCCUGAUGAGGCAGUUGCUAUGGGAGCUGCAAUCCAAGGAGGUAUCCUUCGUGGUGAUGUCAAAGAGUUGCUUCUUCUCGAUGUUACUCCUUUAUCUCUUGGUAUUGAGACAUUGGGUGGCAUCUUUACCAGAUUGAUUACCAAGAACACAACAAUUCCAACAAAGAAGAGCCAGGUCUUUUCCACAGCAGCUGAUAACCAAACCCAAGUUGGCAUCAAGGUACUACAGGGUGAACGUGAAAUGGCUUCUGACAACAAACUCCUUGGAGAGUUUGAGCUUGUAGGUAUUCCUCCAGCACCAAGGGGCAUGCCUCAGAUUGAAGUCACUUUUGAUAUUGAUGCCAACGGUAUUGUUAACGUUUCUGCCAAGGACAAGGCCACUGGCAAAGAGCAAAAUGUUACCAUCACUUCAUCUGGUGGACUUACGCCAGAUGAGAUUGACCGGAUGGUCAAGGAAGCAGAGCUGCAUGCUCAGAAGGAUCAGGAAAGGAAAGCCCUCAUUGAUAUCAAGAACAGUGCCGACACAACCAUAUACAGUAUUGAGAAGAGCUUGAAUGAGUACCGAGACAAGGUUCCAAGUGAGGUUGCUAAAGAAAUUGAGGAUGCAAUUGCAGAUUUGAGAACGGCCACCACAGGCGAUAGUGUUGAUGAAAUCAAGGCAAAACUUGAUGCUGCUAACAAAGCUGUAUCGAAGAUAGGAGAGCAUAUGUCUCGUGGUUCCGGCGGUGACUCAUCAUCUGGAGGUUCACAGGGUGGUGACCAAGCUCCCGAGGCAGAUUAUGAAGAGGUGAAGAAGUGAGUGCUCGCGAGUGAUUCAGAUGAUAUUUCUGAGUUUUUCAUGCUCGCAGACUUCUCUUUUGUCGGUUUCUGUAUCUAAGUGUUGGAGUUUCAUGUAUUAGGAGGUGUUAUCUAUUUACUUCCUGUGUCUUUUGAACUAAUUGAAAAUUUUGUGGUAGUGAUUUGUUCACUGGUUAAGAACAAAACAUAAUAAGAAAUAGGUUUGACAUUUAGACUUA